AUGUUCGCCUUCCCACAACCUGUCAUCCCCCAGCCACUUCCACGUCCUUUCGGUCAAUUCGGCACGACAUUUGCAUACUCUAUGUCGGAUCAAGAUACCCCCUUAUCGCCAGAAAAUAGAGGUCAUUCAGGUACAAAUCAACUUGACUCAACACCAUUCACAUUCUCCCUAUCAUCUCCGCCGCACCCGGGCUCCACACGGACAUCCAAUUCGCGUUUUGCACAACGAUAUGCAUCAUCUAUAGCCCGGCCUGCUGCACGGGUAGCAGAGCGGCAAUCUAGAGAAUCCCGACGGGAUAGCUUUCUGAACAAAGUCAAACGCAGUCGGCAGUCGGAUCAGUUCGAGGCACGGAGUGACCAGAUUCAGAGAAGUGACUUUUUGGAGCAGAGGAAGCGGUUUGAAGAGGAGAUGGCGAGGUCAGGACCUCAACUCGAUAAUAUAGAAGAGGAUGAAGGUGAUGACUAUGUAGAUGCUUACCCACAAGAGGAAGAUGAAGAUGUCGACGAAUCUCUUCUUGAAGAUUUUAUUGCCCAGGAGGAGAAUGAAUACAUGACAUUAGCUGAAGAUAUGCCGGACAGCUGUGCUGCUGAAGAGCCGCUUAAUAGCGAUAUACUCUACGGUGACAUGGAAGAAGACGGACUUUUAGUUGAUCUCAUUGAUCAAAUCGAGUCUCAGUCUCACCAACAGAUGGAUAUGUCGGGUACUUGA